AUGGACCCAGCAGAGGCCCGUUCUGGUGUGGGGGGGGGGGAUCAGAGGCCAUUUUGUCCCGUCUCCUCCUACCUGUGGGUCGGCCAGCCUCCCCAGGUCGGGGUAAAGGUAGAACUUGAUCCCGAUGGCGGCCCCCGGCAGCGUGAGGCCUCUGAUCAGCAGCACGAUCAGCAUCAGGUACGGGAAGGUGGCGGUGAAGUAGACCACCUGGAAAAAAGCAGAAAAAUGAGCCUCGAAUCCUCCGGAUCUGCCCCCCCCCCAGAAGAAGGAAGAAUUACCCACCUUCCCGGUGGAUUUCACCCCCUUCCAGAUGCAGAAGUAGCACAUGACCCAGGCCAGGAGCAGACACAGGGCCAGGUCCCAGUUCAGGGAGCCCAUCUGGUCCAGGCCCGGGGAGAUCCUCAGGGCUCUCCUCCUGUGGGGGGGGGGGGUCUGGGCUACGGGACCCAGGUGAUCGUCACCCUGCUGAACUUCUACUACAUCGUGGUUCUGGCCUGGGGAAUCUUCUACCUGUCCUUCUCCUUCUCCUGGGACCUGCCCUGGUCCUCCUGCAACAACACCUGGAACACAGGUAGCACACGCUGA